GAAGAAUCCGAGGUAGAGAUAUUUUUGAGAAGAGUGAAGAAAAGAGGAGUGAAACUCCAGAUAAGACUUUGACUUUCUUUGACUUUGGAGGACAGUGUGCAUACUACGCUUGUCAUCAGAUUUACCUGACCAGGAGAGCAUUUUACAUAGUAGUUGUAGACGCCUCUAAAGACCUUGACAAGGUGGUAGAUAAGGAGGUGUGUGAUCAGACAGAUACAUUAUUUUCUGGAUGGACGUACAAAGAGUACUUCGUAUUUUGGUUGAAAUCUAUCCACACCUACUGUUCAUCUGUAACUGGAGGAAAUGAUGAUAAAGUUGAAGUACUAAUUGUAGCAACGCACUGGGAUGAAACAAUAUACAAGAACAAAGAACAUUUCGUAAAUUCACUGUACAACGUAUUGCCAAACAACUCCCAUUUGCCACAAUAUAUACAAGAAGAUCGAUGUUUUUGUCUUGGCUUUCCACCUACCCAGUCCUUGAAGGAUCUUGAGAGAUGUAUUGUAAAUAUCACUCUAAAAUCAAAAUGGAGCGAAAAAAUACCACACGAAUGGGUUUUCCUAAAUGACAAAAUAAAUGAUAAGAAUUCCAAUCAUUCUAUGACUUCGCUGAAAGAGCUGAGAGAUAAAAUGCCUGUUGAGUUUACUGUUAAAGAAGUAAAUACUGUUGACAUGUUGCGAUACUAUCAUGAUGCUGGGAAAUGCCUUUUCUUCAACGAGAGGGGUCUCCGGGACUCAAUAGUUACGGAUGUCCAAUGGUUCAUUAACGCAUUUAAAACCACUAUUACUGACAAGUUACAUGUCAAAGGAAUAAUUGCAUCGAAAGAAGAAUGGGAGGAAUACUACUCGACAGGGAAUCUGGUAGAUUCUCUUCUUAAUGGCAUCUGGAAGAUGGAGGAAGAAAAAAUGCAAGCGGCGUCACAAAUCACUUUUGUAGAUAUCAGUGAAAGGGAUGAUUAUGAAUCGUUAAACGCCAGUGGAGUAAAUAAUAUAUCUUAUUUGUAUCACAAAGCAGCUUUGCUGAAGUACAUGAUGAGGUUGGGACUAUUGGCUGUCGGGGAGAAAUGUCAUUAUGUUCCAUGUAUGAACAAAAAAAGUUUUGAUAUAGUUAAGAAAUCCUUUGUCCAGAGAUUUAAGGAAAAAACCUCCGUGAUGGUUUUCCAGUUUGAUUUUCUGCCAUUCUUUUUAUUUUACCGUCUUGUUGUGGCAUUGAUGCAAAGAAAAGAGUUAGAAGUCCUCAGAAGUCAUGCAACUCAAUGUCUCUACAAAAAUGCUGCAAUGUUUAGCUACAAUAAUCAUUAUUUUGUUGUUGCUGUUACAGUUAAUUCAAUUCAGCUUCAAAUUUUUGAAUCAGAUGGGCGAUUAGAGAAAAAGACAACACUUGAAAUAAAGGCAGUCAUCGACGGAGUUUUGAAGGAUAUCACUGAUACCUUUCACAAACACCUUUCAUACAAAACAGGAUUCAUGUGCAAAGAAGAGCAAGAUCAAAUAAUUGGAGUAGAAAUCGAUAAAAACUUUAUUGAAAAGGGAAAGUUGAGGACAGGGACCUCAAUGGAUUGUCCUCUUCAUCAAGUCGAAGACCACCACACAAUAAACCCUGAUUAUUUGUUAGGGUUUUGGGAGUAA